UGAAUCUUCUUCUCCAUCGUUCAGUUCUUGACCCAAAUUAUUUCUCCUCCAAUUCUCCAAUUCUAAUAACUCAUGGAUAGACUAGUAACAGUAGAUGCAAAAGAACUAAACCUUCUUUUCAAACCAAACCAAAAAUGUUCAACAAGUUUCAAGCUAACGAAUCUUAUGCAUACCAUGUCUAUUGCAGUUUCUGUAACCACUACAAAUCCUAAUUUAUUCUCAAUCAGUCAACCUUUUUCUGUUCUUUCACCUCUCGCUUCAUCAAAUGUUACUCUAUUUCUCACUUUACCAUCAGAACUCCCGCAAAUUUCAUCUCCAAUUGAUUCUUUACAUGUUCGUACAACAAUUCUACCAACAGGUAAAGCUAAUCAAGAUGAUCUCCACAGAUUUUUUACAAAACCUGGUGCAUCUCAUAUCUUCAGAGAUGCAAACUUACCCAUCUAUUUUGUUGGUGAAUUUGUUGCAAAGUUCUUGAUUUCUGAACCUUGUUUUCAGACCUUGGAGAGUAAUUUUAUCUUGUCUAAAGCAAUUGGUAAUUGUACUGAAACUCAGAUUACGUCUCUUCUUUGGUAUGCUGUUGGUAAGGGAAACCCUAGUUUUGUUUCUGCUUUGAUUGAUGCUGGUGGUGAUGUGAAUUUUAGGGAUUUAUCAAAUGGGAAAUCUUUGUUGUUUGCAGCUGUUAAUUCAGGUAAUAUAGAUGUGGUUGUGGUUUUGAUUGAAUCUGGUUGUGAGAUUAAUGGUUCAACUGAUUGGUUUUUACAUGAUUCAGCAGCGAUAAAUCGAGUAGAUUUGAUGGGUUUGUUUUGUGAGUUUGGAUGUUUGGUUAAUUCUGUUGAUUCAUAUAGUCGAACACCCAUUCAUGUUUCGGCAAUUCAUGGGAAUUUAGAUGCUUUGAAGUUUUGUGUCAGUAAAGGAGGUGAUACUGAUUGUGUUGAUAAUAAUGGCUGUACGCCGUUACAUUGUGCAGCUUCGGAAGGGCGGAGGGAAGUUGUAGAGUUCUUAUUAGAAUGUUCUUCGUAUUCGAAGUACUCGAUUAAUGGUGAUGGGAAAACACCUUUUUUAGUUGCAAUUGAUAACGGGCAUUCUCAUUUACUUGAUUUGCUUAGGUUAAGCGAUGUUUUACAUAGAGCGGCAACAUUAGGAGAUGUUCAUGGAUUGAGAAGUUGUAUUGAAAAAGGAGCGAUAAUUAACAGUCGAGAUCAAAAUGGUUGGACUGCUCUUCAUAGAGCUUCAUUCAAAGGUCAAAUGGAAAGCGUAAAACUUUUGAUAAGUAACGGAGCUCAAGUUGAUCUUGUUGAUGAUGCAGGUUAUACACCAUUGCACUGUGCCACUGAAGCCGGUCAUUCUGAAGUUGCUUCGUAUCUGAUAAAAAAAGGUGCUUUAGCGAAUAUGAAGAGUCUCGAAGGUGUGUCACCAUUGAACUUGACUUCAUUUAAGAAUCAUUCUGCUUUUAAAUUCCCUUUAUGUGAAGAAAAAGAACUAGUUUGAGAUUCUACUUAUGUGUCAGGUUCUGUCGUAGUUGUUUUUUGCUUUUUUGUUCUCUCAAUGUAAAUUAUAAAGAGGUGCAAGAGAUGUUGAUGUCGCUUCGCGAGGGAGAAAGCAAACGGUUUAUGUAAUAUUACCAAAGCAAAACUGUAUACCACACAUGCCAAAAUGGGCACCAAGCUUAUAUUUUAGAGCAUGUCUUUUAUGAGGAUUGAGUUCUAUACUUGAUCUUCACCAGGAACUUGAUAUUUUUGAAUCUCUUUUUACCAAGAGUUCUCCUGAUCAAGCUUGCAGGAGAAUAAAACGUAUGCCCACUUUAGCUUUUACUUCCACGAUGGUGUGUCGGUGUCUAUACCACCGAUAACUGAAGAACUAUGUAAGGCUCCUAAUCUGAUUUUGUUCAGAUUAUUAUGGGUAGAGAAUGGUUUGAUGAAAUGUGACAGUAAUAAAGGAACUCCAAUUCCAUCAGCUGUUGUUUGUGAAGAUCAGUUGUUAAAUCUGAUUUCAUUAGUGACCUGCUGGAAUGAAUUUUCUCGAAUACGUAAGCAUAUGCCAAAAUGGGGAUUGAUUCGCUUGAAAGCUUCUAAUUUAGAGCCUGUCUUUGCAUGAGGCUCAAGGUAAUAAACUGAUGUUUUCUCAUUCAGUGUUCAGUCUUUCUACUUCCUAAUAUAGUGACCUAAAUUCGAAAUACAGUCUCUGUCUAGGAUGCAAUCCUUCUUGAAGCUCAGUAUGAGAAAAGCAAUAAAUGUCUUGGCGAACUGUCAUUGAAGACUCUUAACAGGUUCCGAAAGAAAAUUUCAUUCAUAUUUUUCCACCAUACAUUAUACAGAGUUUCCAUGAAAAGUGACAGUAAUAAUUUAACGUUGUUGAAAAUCAUUUUUUUCUACCAUA